AUGACAGAUUGGCCAUCGCGCGGGCCCUUCGUGUUGCACCUUCGCCGGCUCGAGGUUGCAUGGCUGAGCGUCUACGAAGGAGCAGCGGCACAUGUCCAGGGCCUCCUACGGACGGCUGGGCGCAACAUGGAACACCUAGCACUGACCAUCGACGAAGUGCCGCCGCACAGGAAGGACUUAUACGCAGACAUUCUGGAUCUCUCAUGCAAUCCUCGACUGGUCUCUCUGCACCUGAAGAGUGUUCUCAUCAGUCAGGAGAAUUCGAUGGAUUGGGUAACCACCAUCCUGUCGAAGAUCACUUCCGUGCACUCUCGGCUGCAGCGUAUCCACUUCAGCGUCCGCAUGCAGCGUAUCGAACCAAGUGUCCACAUGCAACCGGAGCAACUCGACAGGCAACUGGCCCGGGUGGCGGAGGGGCGACCGCACCUGGUGGUUACGUUCAUACUCCGGUGGAGAAGUCAGAAUUUGACAGGCUGGGAUCCGUAG